CUGCGAAGAAUGGCGCGUUACGAUUCGGAGGCCAAAAAUCUGCUUAUAGUCAAUGGGGUGAUCAUUGUCCUAAUGACCCUUUGUAUGAUAUUGCGAUGCGCAGCCCGACUCAAAACUCGAAAUAUCCAUUAUCUCAGUGAUGGCCUGUGCUUGGUAGCCUAUGCUGUUAGCAUUGCCAUCGCGGCACUUCUGUUCGAUUACCUUCACAAUACUGCCGUCGGUGGUGUUUUCAGACCGCACAAUAUCACAGAUCCAACCGACGUGGCCCAUGUCAUAUGGUUCCAAGCAUUCUCCAAGCUGAGAUAUAUCAGCCAGCUUCUGUAUUCUUUCGAUUAUGCCGUCGUCAAGUUCAGCAUUCUGGCAUUCCUAUGGGAUGUAUUCGGCGCGGAUAGCCGGAAUAAGAUGUUUAUCAAAAUUGUGACGGUGGCUUGCGUAAUGUGGUGCAUCGCCUUUACGUUCCUCGCCGCGUUCCGAUGCAAGAAUCCAGUCGACGGUUGGACGACAAAUAACCCUCCGGAGCUCUGCAUCUACGCCCCUUACGUCUUUAUUCCAUUCGAGUCGACCAAUCUAUUUUUCGACGUAGUGAUCCUAUCCAUCCCGGCAUUUGCAGUGCAGAAGCUGAAGCUAGACAAAUGGAAGAAGUUCUCUGUCAUCGGAAUCUUCUUGCUUGGUGGAAGCGUCUGCGUAGCUAGUAUUGUGCGUCUGGCUGAAAUUUCCAAAACCACUGACUGGGCCAUCUUCUUUUGGUCAAUGAUGCAGCUCGGGCUCAGCAUCAUAUGUGCCUGCCUGCCCACUCUUGGGGCCUUGUUCAGGAGCAACUCAAACAAAGUGGGCUCAAGCUCCAAAUACAGCGGAUUCACCUCAUCCUCCGGGAAGCGUGGAAGCGGUAUUGCAUUCAAAGUAAAGGAUGUGGAGCUGGGAGAUAGGGGGCCAUGGAUCGACAACCGCGCGGCCACGGGUUCGACUUCAUGGGCUCCUCGGGAUAACGACGGGUCCGAGUCCGAGCUGCCGCCGGAGCCUAUGUUUAGUUCUAGAAUUACUACAGUAUAA